ACAGAUUGCGGAAAUCCAAAUCUGGUACUGAAGAGGAAUAUGACGAGAUGUCACAAAUGUUGACUGAAGUGAUUUCCCUAAAAGAAGAUGUGGAAAUGGAAAGAACAAAAACAAAACAGAAGAAGGAAGAAGAUCAAGAAAAAGAUCAAAAGAAAGUGACUGAAAUUCUAGAGAAGUCGAUGAACACCCUUGGUAAACAAACGAAAUCGCCUCAAUCAAGCCCUUCUAAGAAACGACUCUGCAAAAGAGGUAACUUCUUAGAGGAAUACCUCACCAGAAAAAUGGAACUUGAGGAGAGGAAAUUUGCACUGGAAAAGAGAAAAUGGAACGCAAUGAAUCCCAAGAAAGACUGAUGAUGUGGGCAUACUGACAUUAAAACGUCCGUGUCUGUAAUUUUAAUCCUAAAUAGCCACAUUUCAGUACUUACUUUAGUUCAAACAUUUUUUCUCGAUUGAUUAGCAGCACUUUUGACAAGUAAAAAAUCUUGUGCAUACGGAUUUGAUGUUUACUUUAAAAUUAAUAGCACUUGUUGUCUAAUUCAACAAGCCUUACAGAUCAAUAUUAUCAGUAAAAUAUUCUGGAAUGGAAAAUUAGGAUUAGACGUACAUACUCAUAG